GUUCGAUUUGCAGUAGAAUUGAUUAAAUCCUGACUGUAUUUUGCUAUAUAUUAAAUACAGUUCAUAACACGGAGUACUUGUGAUAUCGAAUAUAUGCACUACUUUUUGCUGGAGGGAUAGAUAGUAAUCGAACAAAAUACUUCAAGUUAAGCGGAAUCCAAUGCCAGCGUUUCCCUUGUGCGUUGAGCCUGGCCACCUUUCAGAUCGCCGUAUUCAGAAUACUAUACUAGCAUGGGUACGAAUCAGUCGAUUGCCAGCACCACACUGGAACAGAAACAACAGACCCCCUGGAUGAUGAUAACAUAUUGUCCAACAAAAUAUACCAACAAGCUCUACUACAAUCCAGACUUUCAUGUGUAUACAACAAAUGAGAGCGAACUCGAAGAACUUGAGCACCCGUGUCCGCCCCAACCUGUAGAUGUCACUAGCAAACAGAAAAAAUGGGUCAAGGAAAGAGUCGACAAUAUUACAACUGACAUGUCAAUACGUCUGCCCAACUUAGUUGACCAUUUGAUGAGCGCUUGUAUUAAUACACAACAAGGAACAACGCUAAACAAAGCAGACAAGGUAACAAUACUAUUUUACUGGCUUGUUUCCAAAGAUAUCAAGAAAUUGGAGCUCCCGCCUUCAAUUGACACAUUAUCUGUAGCCUUCCAACUUCGACAACUUAAACUAAAGCGUAACACAUACGCGGUGGUAUUUGCGCUCCUCUGCUCUUUCGCAAAAAUCCCCUGUGUGAUCGUGCGAGGUCAUGUUAAAGGAGGAAAAUAUGAGCCAUGUGACCAGUUAUCUAGUAAGCAUCUUCGAGAAUGGAACGCGGUCCUGGUUGACAAUGGAUGGAGCUUUGUUGACCCUUUCUGGGGAGUCGCAACUGAACAUGGUGGGCAAAGUCAGUCCGUAGACUGGUGGUAUCUGUUUCCGCGUCCGCAAGAUUUAAUAUUCUCCCACUUUCCAGAUGUUGAGGAAUGGCAACUCCUUGAGAAACCAGUUUCAAAAGCCGACUUCGAAAAACAGGCAUAUUUGAAGAGGAGGUUCUUCGAACUGCAAAUAAUGUCUGUAUCUGAAGAGAAUGGACAAAUUAAAACUGAAACGGGAAGUAUUGAAAUAGACUUCGGACUUAAUCCCGGCAUUGAUGGACAAUCAUUCGAGUGCGUAGUUCACAGAUAUGUAGUCGUUGAGCAUAAGUGGAAAUUUAUAGAUCCAAUUAGGGACAGAGAUAUAGCAUAUAUAUUGUGUUUAGUGAAAGAUCAAAAUCAGCCAGGUAACAAGGCGAAUCCAAACACUUCAAAACUGCUUACAGUUGAAGCAAUAUUUUCUCAGCGUGGAAAAUACAAACUUGAAAUCGUUGGAAAAACUGAAACGCAGAAAUUUGACUGGAUAGCAAUUUACCAUGUUAAUGUUGUUGAUGUCAAGGAUAUGCUUCGAGAAAAAAUAGACGCUGUUAUAGAAGCGCUAACGAAUGCCCUCGCGUCUGAGGCAAGUCUGAUUGACCUACAACAUGCAAUCACGUUUACGAAAAACACGUGUCUCCAGAACAAUCCGGAUGUGAAUCCCUUAUAUUUAAAAGCAUUACGUGCACACAAACUUGAGCUUUAUAAAGACAAGAUACCUCAAAUAGACAACAACGUCGUAGCCCAGCUACGGAGUCUGAAAAAUCCUAGUCCGAAAGUUGUUCAAAUUAUGCGUGCAACGUUACUGCUGUUAGGAGAUAACAAAGAGAACGUUCGAUUCUGGGAAGAUAUGAUUCCAAAACUAACAAGUAUAGGAACUGAUAAUGUAAAGAGUCGUAUAAAAGCAUUUGACAUUAAAUCAGCGUCAAAGAAUCUGAUAGCCGAUGUCAAGCGUGAACUCGUCAUCGAUGGAGAAGAGAUUGAUAUAUUGGAUGCCAUAAACAGUUAUCAUGAGAUCGCAGCGUUUGCAAAGUGGCUGAGUGUAGUGUUCGAAAGUCAUGGCGGUAUAGAAAACAGUAAUUGUUAAUGCUUGGUUGGUUUAGCUUCUAUGUAUUUGGAGCAUCAGAACACUGAAUUAAAUACCUAAGAAGUUCAAGCUGGCCUUGACUUCAUUUGCAAGAAAUUGCAUCUGAAAGUCUUUGAAGAGCAAUUGAUUUGAUUGUAUAAUAAACAAGAGUUGUCGUAGGACAGUGCGCUCAACAAUACGCCGCUUUGUCUUAGAAAGUAUAAUAAUGAUGUAAUUUUUGCCUGUCAACGGCAACAAAAAGUCAAUAUAAAAAGUAAAGAAAAAAGGCCGGAAUGCGACGAAACCAAGUUUUCAAUAAUUGACAUAAGAACUUUAGCCUUCGUUGUGCGAUUCAGUUUCAACUGUUCAAUUUUAAGUAACAGUGACCUUGACCUUGGCCCUAGGGGCUCCAAAUGCAAUCUCAAGGAAUAUCAACAUAAGCUCUUCUUUCAUACAAAGUUUGCUCACAGUAUGCCAACCCUAACUAAAGUUAUUCAAAACCAAACAGUUUUGACAGUUUGACGCGGCCCUCCCGCUGGCCCGCCAGAACGACGACGUACGCCAUUCUAAUAACCAUGUUUUACUUUGUGAAAACUUGGUUUAAGAUAUAAAAAAUAUGCCAGUCAAAAGCAAUGGAAAAAUGAAACAAACACAAAAUGUCAUUCAAGGGCCGUAAUUUGUAUUUCGGGUUAAUAUGGAGUGUGAUGGUUAAUGUGUAAGGUAUGAAGACUAUUGAAUGAAACGUAUUUGAGAUCUGAGUUAGAACUUCAAGUUUCCCAAAAGCUUAAAUCAAACUUUUGUUAGUCGAUCAAGGGGCAUAAUCUGAAUUUUGGAUGAUAUGGAAUUGUGUACCCUUAUUGUGUGAUGGCCGUUAACAAGUGUAUGCAGUAAUAAGUCAAUUGAAUGAAGGGUAUAGAAGUACUUAGUGGAAAUCCCAGCUUGCCCUAACACUUUAACCUGAAACAAUGUGACCUACAACUUUAACCUAAGAUUUUUUAAUUAAUCAUAGGCCAUAAUUUGUUUCACGAUUGAAUGCUUCCUAAUUGUAAAGUGGUCGUUAAUAAGUGUGUGAAGUAUUAAGUCAUUUGAAUGAAGUGUAAAGAUUUAUAAGUAAUCAUCCCAACUUGCGCUAUAACAUGAACCUGUCACAAUUGGCCCUAAAACUUUAACCAAAAUUCCUAAAUAAUUCAGGGGACAUAAUAUGUAUUUAGGAUAAUAUGGAGUUAUGUAAACUCAUUGUAUGAUGGAUCUGAACAUCGUUGUGAAGUUUUAAGCGAAUUUAAUGAAGGGUAUUAGAGUUAUAAGUGAAAAAGCAAACUUGCCCUUAAACUUGAACCGGACGCCAACGCCGACGCAGACAUCGACGCCGGGGCGAUAAGUAUCGCCUUUAUAUUCUUCGAAUAGUUUGACAAACUGUGUGUAUUACUUUCAUCCAUAUUCUUUAAUCUGUUUCCAAAUAAUGCUUGAGCAUCUGUAGGAUUUGGCGUUAAAGUAGGCGCAACAUGGGGGCGCAAAUCAGGACGUGCGCCAACCCCCAGAUCAAACAAAUGUAUAUUUUGAAUGUCGUAAGAAAGUUUGGCAAUGUUCGUCUGGGCGAAUGUGGUCUGUUUAAGUAGGAAAUGAUACAUUCUGGUAUAUUCUGGCCAUGUUUUCCCCGAUAUUGACAUAAUUGAAAGUUAUUUAGACACACUUUGAGGGGGGGGGGGGGGGUACGCUCCUUACCCCCUUUACUCGCUUAAUGUGUUUGUGCUUUGUUAGUUGGAAGGCCAAUAUGUGUUGUUUCUCAUAUGCUGGUUUUAUCUGAAUGUUGUGCAUCUGGCAUGACAUAAACGAGUAUAUCUAAA